AUGGCAAACAUAGAAAUAAAAGACAUUGAAAUGAGUGAAAAUGGUGAAGAUAGCAACAUUAAUUCAGCAAUUUUGAAAUACUACACAAGAAACCCUGAUACCUAUUUAAAGCUUGAAGUGUCUAAUCCAGUGACUGCUUCUUGCAAAUCAAUAGCACUUGUUAGUAAUUCAGUUAAUUUUUUAAUGUAUAAUAUGAAGAUUACAGAUAAUUACUGUGAAAAUUCAUCACCUGCAAUCAUCAUCAAUAGCACAAAAACACAGGGAAUUGACUCCAUUCAUUCUGAAAGAAAUUCUGGAAGAGGUAUCACUGGAGUUUGCUUGUCUUUUCAAAAUAUGAACACAGUAAUAUCAAUCACAAAUUCAGAAUUUAUUGGUAACAAAAAUUAUUUAAGUGGAAGCCCAGGUGUGAUUGAAUUCUCAAAGAUUAGUGCUUUAGCACUGGAAAACUGUACUUUUAUAAUGAAUAGUGCUGAUUCAGGAGGUUCUUUAUAUUUUUAUGGCCAAAGCUUGCUUGUUAAUAAUUGUCAUUUUGAGCAUAACCAAUCACCUGGCUUUUCUGGUGGAUCAAUUUAG